CAACCUCACUCUGCUGAUGCCAUUGCAGCUUCUUCUUGAUUGCUUAUUAUAUCUAGAGAGAGAGAGAGAGAGAGAGAGAGAGAUGGGAAGCAAGUGCUACAGAAAAACAACAGGAGGGGUUCCAGUGCCACUAGGGUUCAGAUUCCAUCCCACCGAAGAGGAACUGUUGGAUUAUUUGAAGAACAAGAGACAGGACAGGGAUUUUAACGUUAACCACAUACCCGAGAUUGAUACCUGCAAGUACGACCCUUGGGAAAUACCUGGGCUCUUGUUCACAGAGCAAGACUCUCCAUAUCAUGAUAUGGAGUGGUUCUUCUUCAGCCGAAGGGAUUAUAAGUACAUUAACAGCAAUCGCUCCAACAGGGCCACACCGCAUGGCUCCUGGAAAAUCACUGGCAAGGAACGUAUGAUCAGGGCUCGAGGGUCCAACGCUGUCAUUGGGAGGAAGAGGACCAUGACCUUCUAUGAACGUUGUGUGCCGAAAUCGAAGAAGACCAACUGGGUCAUGCACGAAUAUAGUCUCUUUGAAAGUGAAGCCAGUCCUGAUCCUCAGCUGGCCGAGAGGGAUUUUGUUGUCUGUCGAUUGAAAAAAAACCCCGAUAAGAAGGAUACUUUAGUCUUUGCUGAAGGUGAACCUAGCAGCUACAAUUUGUGUAAUUGUGAAGAUCAAGCUGCAGCUGAUGUGACUCCAGAGUCACAGGAUCACAGCCCCUCCACACUGCAAUCACCAGCAUGGAUAGAGCUGGGAGAUGUUCUGCAAGCUAAUGGCCUUAAUGAAGAUUGUAAUGAUAUGCAAUCACCAUUUGGAGAUAAUGACUACUCAGUUACCGAUAAGAAUGAUAUUUCAACCUGUGAUGAAGGUGAACCCCAUGGCUUCACCGUUACUAAUAUCGAAAAUGAAGUCGCAUAUGAUAUGUCUCAAGAGCUAUAUGCGCAGCAAGAAAAAAACAGCUAUAUGCUCACGCCUCAGUCACCAACAUUCAGGAAUCUAGAAGAUUUUAUGUAUAUUGAUGCCUCUGAUUUUGGAAAUCAAACUGCAAAUAAUUUGGUUCUAGAGCAGCCAUGUAUUCAGCAGGCACAGGAUUACCACUCUUUCACACUGCCGUCACCAAUAUACAGCGAACUGGGAAGCGUCGUCCCUCAUGUUGAUAUCUAUAAUAAUGAAUGGCAAUCUAAAUAUGCUAAUUUUGAAAAUCAAACUACAAAUGAAAGGAUUUCGGAGGAAUGUCCUCAGCCAAAAGAGAAUCUGAGAUCAAUCUUAUCUGCAUCUCAGCUAGCGGAUUACACAUCGCAGCUGCUAAUGAACACAGAAGAAUGUCAAAUGAGGCCUUGUGAAAUAGGCAUAGAAGGGGCAGCUGGGAUGAAUUGGGAGGGCUCUCAUUCUUUCAUUUUCCCCUGAAGCCGUAGAUCGAAGUCCUCUAUGGAAUAAUGUUCGCACCAAGUUGAAGUUCUAGCCUUAGAGCAAUGCUUUUGUUC